AUUUGUUGGCAAUAAUAAAGGGUCUCUCAGAAUAAUAUCAAACAAAUGGAUGGAGAAAAUUCCUCAAAAUUAGUUACAUUUAGCUAGCUAGCUAGCCUCUAAUAUAUUUAAUUACUUAAUUUUCUCAUAUUGCUAUUCAAAAAGGGUACUGGAUUUAGUAUUCAAAGCUGUAUUUAAUCUUAGUUUAGUUAUUUACACAACAUAUUACUGCCUCGUGUAAAUAUAAUUAGCCUACUAAUAAGCUAUUUACAACAACCUUUCUACAACAAUUAUUAAAUAUAUACCUACCAUUACCUACAGAAUCUCAAGACACAAACAACAACAACAAAAAAGUGUUUUUCAUGAUUUUAAUGCUCUAGUAUAUAUCAUCAUAGUCUUUCGAUCGAAAGUGAGAAGAAAGAUAUCAUCAUACGUAUCGAUCGAACUCGUACGUAUAAAGCACACAAACAUACUCAUUUCACCUUUGUGUCUGGGGUAUUGAGGUGAGAGUUGCAUGAGAUGGAAGGAGGUUAUCACGCGGACAGGACAGAAUUCUCAGAUUGUUGGAAGAUCACAUGGAGGACUCCUUAUAUUAUGCGUCUUGCUCUCUCUGCUGGUAUUGGAGGUCUCCUUUUCGGUUAUGACACAGGAGUGAUUUCUGGUGCACUCCUUUACAUUAGGGAGGACUUUGAUGAAGUAGAUAAGAAAACAUGGCUGCAGGAGACAAUAGUGAGUAUGGCUGUUGCUGGUGCUAUUGCUGGUGCUGCAAUUGGUGGUUGGAUUAGUGAUUCCUUUGGUCGCAAAAAAUCAAUUAUAGGUGCAGAUAUAGUCUUCUUUGCUGGUGCAAUUGUAAUGGCAGCUGCUCCAGCUCCUUGGGUUAUUAUAAUUGGUAGAAUAUUAGUUGGUCUUGGUGUUGGGAUGGCUUCCAUGACAUCACCACUAUACAUAUCUGAAUCUUCACCUGCUAAAAUCAGAGGUGCACUCGUUAGCACAAAUGCUUUGCUCAUUACUGGUGGACAAUUUUUGUCCUACAUCAUCAAUCUUUUGUUUACUAAGGCUCCUGGAACUUGGCGUUGGAUGCUUGGUGUGGCUGGACUUCCAGCCCUUAUCCAGUUUUUCCUUAUGAUGUCUCUUCCAGAGUCUCCUAGAUGGCUCUACAGAAAGAACAAGGUAGAUGAGGCUAGGUCCAUCUUAGAGAAAAUCUACCCUGCUGAUCAAGUAGAAGGAGAGAUGAAAGCAUUGCAGGAUUCGGUGGAAGCGGAGAAAGCUGAAGAUGGAGAACUUGGUGAUGGAUUUAUACCAAGGUUGAGGGGUGCUCUUCAAAACAAAAUAGUCCGCAGGGGUCUUCUUGCCGGCGUCACUGUUCAAAUCACUCAACAAUUUGUUGGCAUAAACACUGUCUUGUACUACAGCCCCACUAUUGUUCAGUUUGCUGGAUUUGCUUCUAAACAGACUGCUCUAGCACUUUCUCUAGUGACUUCUGGCCUUAACUUUGUCGGUUCCAUGAUAAGUAUGGGAUUUGUAGACAAGUACGGAAGGAGAAGAUUCAUGCUUGUCUCCCUAGUUGGAAUCAUUAUAUGCCUUUGUGCCUUGGGAGGAGUGUUUUUCAAGGCUGCUGCAACUGCUCCUGCUGUUAGCAACUUUGAAUCCACUCACUUUGGUGGAAACACAACAUGUCCAGCUUACAUCUCUGCCCCAAAUGCUCAAUCAUGGAGUUGUAUGACAUGUUUGAAGUCACCAGACUGUGCCUUCUGUUCCAUCAGUACAAAUAAGCUUCUUCCUGGAGCUUGUUUGGCUGCCACUCCUGAAAUCAGAGACUCUUGUAGAGCAGAGAAACGUACUUGGUACUCAGAAGGUUGUCCCAGCAGAUUUGGAUUCUUGGCAGUAUUAUUCCUUGGACUUUAUAUCAUAUGCUAUUCACCUGGAAUGGGGAGUGUUCCAUGGAUUGUCAACUCAGAAAUAUACCCUUUGAAAUACAGAGGGACUGGUGGAGGAAUUGCUGCAGUGACUAAUUGGUCAGCUAAUCUUUUGGUUAGUGAGACUUUCUUGACCCUCACCAAUGCAUUGGGCUCUGCUUGGACUUUUCUAUUAUUUGCUGGGUUCUCAGCCAUUGGCUUUGUAGUCAUCUUUUUUGUUGUGCCGGAAACCAAAGGACUACCAUUUGAGGAGGUUGAGAAGUUACUUGAGAAGGGAUUCAAACCUGAACUACCAUGCUGUUCGAGGAAGGAAGAUGGCAAGAAGAAUCAAGCUUCUUCUAAUUAAGUUUUAAAAAAACUACAUUUAAUUAAACGGUUCCCAUGAAACAACGGUUUUCAUAGUUUGUUUCCUGAGGACUAUUCGUACUUUUUUAAUAUUAUUAUGCGUAGUUGUGUGAUUUCACCACUUAUUUGUUCAGCACAGAAAACGCUUAUUCGUAUGAAAUUUAUAAGUGGUUUUAAGUUUUA